AUGGCUGUCAUCUUUUUCUUUUUGGUACUCUUACUCUCCGUAACUUUUACACCAGCUGAACAACAAAAGGUUACCAACAUAAGCCUAGGCUCCUCUUUAACACCCACCUCCACCUCCAACAGCUCAUGGAUGUCCCCAUCUGGUCUAUUUGCGUUUGGGUUCUACCCGAAAGCUAAUGGCUACCUUGUUGGGAUAUUUAUUGCAGCAAUCCCCGUUAAAACGGUUGUAUGGACAGCCAACCGAGACACACCUCCAGUUCCAAACAGUGCUACUUUGAAUUUCACUAAUGACGGAAGACUCAUCCUUGAGUGGCGACAAGGUCAAGUGGCAGUGACUGGGAAUUCAUCUGAACCUGCAGCUGCAGCAGCUAUGCUUGAUUCAGGCAAUUUCGUCUUGUACAAUUCUGAUCAGAAGAUAAUAUGGCAGAGUUUUGAACAUCCGACUAAUGCACUUUUGCCAGGUCAACGUCUCUAUCCAGGUUACCAGCUGUUUUCAAGCGUUUCAGAAACUAAUGAUUCAACGGGACGAUUCCGUCUCAUUAUGCAACAUGAUGGAAACCUUGUGCAGUAUCCGGCCAAUACUCCAGAUUCAGGCGCGUAUGCAUACUGGCAAGCAGGAACUGGUGGUCAGGGAGAUAAUGUAACACUAAAUUUUAACCCUGAUGGCCAUCUCUACUUGCUUAAAGCUGGCUCCAACAUAAAGAAUAUUACAAUCGGAGGAUAUCCCACAGAAGAAACACUAUACUUAAUGAGAAUCGACGUCGAUGGGAACUUUCGACUGUAUGCAUAUAAACUGAAUCAGAAUGGAGCUGAAUCGGUGGUAUGGAAUUCUUCCAAUGAUGGGUGUGCCCCUAAGGGCAUUUGUGGCCUCAAUGCAUAUUGUGUGCAAAUGGAUCGACAACCCGAUUGCUCGUGUCUUCCAAUGUUUGCAAUUGAAAAUGGGGCUAAUUCUAAUUUUCGCUGUGUAAGAAAUUUCGUACCAGAAAGUUGCACAAAUAAUGACAGCAGUAUCACAUACUCCAUUCAAACAAUUGCUAGCCUUUUAUGGGAAGAUACUGCAUAUGAUGUUCUAACAUUAAACACCCAAGAAAGUUGUUCAAGAGCAUGCUUGGAAGACUGUAUGUGCGAGGCUGCAACUUACAAGGAUGGUAUGUGCAAUAAGCAAAAGCUUCCUCUAAGAUUUGGGAGAUUACAAUUGACAGACUCAAGCAUAGCUCUCAUCAAGGUUGCCAAUUCGACCGAGAAUGAAAGAAGGGUGAGUUCAUCCAAAGGGAGAAGGAAAGAACUUCAAACAACUUUCCUAAUCAUUGGCGUUUCAUUGACUGCUUUUGCUUUUAUUAUGUUAGUAUUGUCUGGAGUCCUCAUUUAUAGGAAUCGAGUUAGGGCAUACAAAAGGGUUGUUAUUGAUAAUCGCAAUGUCGAAUUGAUUGAAGAUGUUUCUCCAAGAUCAUUCACGUACAAAGAGCUAGAAAAGGUAACUAACAAUUUCAAGGAGGAGGUUGGUAGGGGGGCUUUUGGGACAGUUUUUAAAGGUGAAUUAUCCAAUGGCCAGAAGAUUGUAGCUGUUAAGAGACUGGACAUAAUGUCAAAUGAAGGGGACAGAGAAUUUCAGACAGAAAUGAGAGCUAUUGCAAGGGCAUAUCAUCGGAAUUUAGUCCGAUUACUUGGUUACUGCCAUGAUGGGUCUAACAGACUUCUGAUGUAUGAAUAUAUGAGAAACGGUUCAUUAGCAGAUGUACUCUUUACAACUGAAAAGCAACCUUGUUGGAGUCAAAGAAUGGAUAUUGCUCGUAACAUAUGUGAGACUCGAAUUAUCCAUUGCGACAUUAAACCCCAAAAUAUACUCAUGGACGAGAAUAUGUGUGCAAAAAUAUCCGACUUUGGAUUGGCAAAGCUAUUGAUGCAAGAUCAGACUAGAACCUUUACUGGGAUCAGAGGGACACGGGGGUAUGUUGCACCAGAAUGGCAUAAGAAAGUGCCUAUUACAGUCAAGGCAGAUGUUUACAGCUUUGGAAUCGUAUUGUUGGAGAUCAUAUGCUGUCGUCGGAGUGUGGAUUGUAAGCUUUCUGAGAAUGAAGCCAUUCUUGAAGAAUGGGUUUACCGAUGCUUUGAAACUGAAGAUCUGGGUAAAUUAGUGGGUGAUCGUGAAGAAGUUGACUGCAAACAAUUAAAGAGGGUGCUCAGCAUUGGACUUUGGUGCAUCCAACAUGAGCCAUCACUUCGUCCUUCAAUGAAAAUGGUGCAAUUGAUGUUGGAAGAAACUGUUGAUGUCCCAUUACCUCCGCCUGCGUCUUUCCUUGAUAUAUAA